GCCCCACCCCCUGCCCCACCCCCGGCGGCGGCUCGUCCCAGUUCAUCGCGGCCAUGCACUGGGGCGCUUUACUGGUUGCGGCCGCGCUCCUGGCGCCCACCGCCGCUUGGGAACCCACCGAGGAAGAUGAGCUGCAAUUCAAGGCCUGGAUGUUGCAGAACAACCGGCGGUACGAUGCCGGAGAGUAUCCCCGCAGGCUGAGCAUCUUCCUGGACAACAAGAGGCAGAUCGAGGAGCACAACGCUGGCAACCACAGCUUCCAGAUGGGCCUGAACCAGUUCUCGGAUCUGACCUUCGCGGAAUUUAAAAAGUUGUACCUGUGGAGGGAGCCCCAGAACUGCUCAGCCACGAAGGGGAACUUCCUGCGCAGCUCGGGGCCGUAUCCAGACUCCGUUGACUGGAGGAAGAAGGGAAAUUUUGUGACGCCUGUGAAAAACCAGGGCCCCUGCGGGAGCUGCUGGACCUUUUCCACCACGGGGUGUUUGGAGUCCGCUAUUGCGAUUGCCACGGGAAAGCUCCUCUCUCUGGCAGAACAACAGUUGGUUGAUUGCGCCCAGGCUUUUAACAACCACGGCUGCAGUGGGGGCCUGCCAAGCCAAGCCUUUGAAUACAUACUGUAUAACAAAGGGCUCAUGGGGGAGGACACCUACCCGUACCAGGCCAAGAACGGCACCUGCAAGUUCCAGCCGGAGAAGGCUAUUGCGUUUGUCAAGGAUGUUAUCAAUAUCACCCUGUACGACGAGGAUGGCAUGGUAGAAGCUGUGGGGAGGCACAACCCGGUGAGCUUUGCGUUUGAGGUGACGGGUAACUUCAUGCACUACAGAAAAGGCGUCUACUCCAACCCACGGUGUGAGCACACUCCUGACAAGGUGAACCAUGCUGUCCUCGCUGUGGGGUACGGGGAAGAGAAUGGAACUCCUUACUGGAUUGUGAAGAACUCCUGGGGCCCGCACUGGGGCAUGGACGGGUACUUCCUUAUUGAACGUGGCAAGAAUAUGUGUGGCCUUGCCGCUUGUGCAUCUUACCCCGUUCCUCAGGUGUAAGAGGAGGGAGCAGGCUGGGGAGAGUGGGCAUAGGAAGAUGAAUUGCAUAUGACUUUCUGAAUGCUAAAAACCAAGGAAGUGAGAACCAGCUGAAAUGCCAGCCUGCUGGAAGUCAUCGCCCACAGGCACCUUCCUCGGCUCGCACCAGCUUCACGCGGUGGGAAGGCCCGUGCCUGCUCUCCCCAGCCAAAGGCAACCGUGCUCCUGCGCCGAGCGCCCGACUGCCGCCGUCUCCUCGUGGCUGCAGUGCCUCGCAGUGUGCCCCGCUCGCCUGGUGCCAGCCCAGGACCUGCGGCUCCGCUGGGGCUGGUGGCAGACGGGGACACCGCUCGGAGCGUGGCAAUGCCCCGCCAUUACCCAGUUUGAAGACGCUGCCCCAGCAAAGCUCACCCCUUCCUCCAGGCGGCCGCUUCCCAAUCAACAGAUGUAACUUCCUGGGAUCUGAAGGUGGUUUUUCCUUUCUAGAGAGGAGUGCUGCGAUUUGUACACUUUAUCUAUUUUGAUGAAAUGUUUUUAGUAUUUUUUUUGUAUUAAAAGGUAGGGUAUUUUAAUGCAAAUGGAGAAGAAAUGGAUGAUUUUCUUUUAUGAAUCAAUGAAGCAAGCAAGAAGCUUACUGCUAAUAGUUUAUAAACAGGCGACGGUGAGAGAAGGCUGUGUCAGCUGGGGACACUUCUGUUGUGUGUUAUUUCACGCUAAAACCGGCCACUGGCUGAAUAAAGGCGGCUCGUCACGGG